CAGGAAGUGGACUACAGACGUGGUGUGCUUCGGUCCCACCGAUCACAGUGACAAGUGUCUCAGUGUGUGGAUUACAUGACCACCUUGCGGCCAUCUAUGGAAGACAGAGGUAAGAUGCUGACCAGUGUAGUGGAGGAGAUCCGUCGAGCAGUCACCAGGAACAUCAGUGGAGCUCAGCUUCUCCACACGCUGCUACGGGCCCCAUGGCUGUAUGGCCUUCUCAAGGUGUACGACUGUCUGCUGGACUUUAAGAUAAUGGACCACAGGCCCACCUUCCCCGAUGCCUCCGGCCUCGCCUACCAAAUUAUGGAUGACUUGAAAACGGUUCAGUGUUCUGAUGAAGGCAGGGAACUCUACAAGAUCCUCCAAUCACCACACAUACAGGCCCUCCUGUCAUCCCAUGACAGCAUCGCCCGGUUGGACUACGAGCCGGUCUUACCUCCUCUACCAGAAGAGCUUCCAGGAGACCAGGACGCCAUGAGGAUCGUCUGCCUGGUGAAGAACAACCAGCCGCUGGGUGCCACUAUAAAGAGGGAUGAGGAGACAGGGGAGAUCUACAUCGCGAGGGUCAUCCACGGAGGCCUGGCAGACCGCAGCGAUGGAGCACCGGCAAUGGUCGGAAGAAAGGCAGGGGCCGUGUCGCUGCUCUCUGAGAAAGUGGCCAACAGCAGAGACCACAACCAAAGCCUCAUAAAAAAGCUAAGAGAGGAAUUCGAGCACCGCUUCUCUGAUUUCAGGAACCACGAGAAGUCAAUCAACCUCUUCCAAAAUCCUUUCUCGUGUGUCCCUGCGGAAAAGCCUGCACAAAUGCAGUUUGAGCUCAUCAACCUACAGGAGAGCUCCGAGGCCAGAGCAGCAUAUCGUGACAGGAAUCUCAUCGAGUUCUACAAAGGACUUUCCCCAGCGACAUUACCUGCACUGCGCCAGCAUGCCAACAGAAUGGUCUCCGUAUUCGGGAGCACAUAUAUUUGUGAGAAGACCUUCUCCACCAUGGCCAUCAACAAAUCUAAGCUGAGAUCCAGGCUUACAGAUGGCCAUCUACAUGAUGUCCUUCGUAUUGCAACGACAGAGAUGGAGCAGGACAUCAGAGGAAUCGUGGUCAACUGA